AAAUUUGCAGUCUUGAUCUGCAUCAUGCAAUUUUCAAUUAUCAUGAAUCAUGCAUAUUGGCCUGACUACCUAUACCCUUCCAUCAUACUCAACAGGCACAGAUGUAUCAUACUUUUCUGCAUAUUUAUAUCUUAGUGAAGAGAACAUCCACCAAGAAAAGCCAGCAGCAUCUACUUUAUUUUCUAUCCUAACAACUAUUGCACAUUUUUCUCUAUGUUUUGUUAGUUCUCCAAAAAGGCUUUUCUUGAUAUCUAGUCCUCUUAGUCAUAAUCAAAUUGUUGAGCAACAUAAGAGAAGUGAUAUGGGAGAGCACAAAGUCUUUGUAUGGAGUCUAAGUUUCCUGGUUUUGUUGUGUUUUGGGCUUUAUGGACGUGUAACAGUUGAAGCAAUCCGAGAAGGGAAGUUUUCAACUUCUCAGGCUAAGGCUGCCAAUGUAGCACUAACCAAUGGUUAUGGAAAAGAGUUUGGAGGUGGAGGCAUAGGAGGAAGUGGUGGUUUAGGCUAUGGCUCAGGUGGUGGAAAUGGUAACUAUGGGAUGGGUGGAGGAUCUGGCAGUGGCCAGGGUGGUCAAUAUGGUGGAGGUAGUGGCGGUGGCUUUGGUGGAGGAUCUGGUAGUGGCCAGGGUGGUCAAUAUGGUGGAGGUAGUGGCGGUGGCUUUGGUGGAGGAUCUGGUAGUGGCCAGGGUGGUCAAUAUGGUGGAGGUGGCUUUGGUGGAGGAUCUGGCAGUGGCCAGGGUGGUCAAUAUGGUGGAGGAAAUGGUAGUGGCGGUGGCUUUGGUGGAGGAUUUGGUAAUGGUGGUGGCAUUGGUGGAGGAAAUGGUGGCGGAUAUCCAGGUUAUGCUGGUGACAGAGUGCAGUCUAAGUUUCCACAAGUGUCUGCAGGGAGGAAGAACUAA